AUGACCAAGGCCAAUCGCAGCAAUCUUCUUUCGUUGCUCAUCAAGAUUCGGCAUCCUCUCAAGGUUAUGGUCACUCCCAGCAACCAAAUUCCAAUGGUGGCCGUGGCUCAGGUGGAGGACGCGCUGGUGGCAGGGGCGGUGGGAAGGGACGUGGCAGAGGUUACUCCAUCUAGCCAGACAAACCGGACCUCUCCUCAGCAGGCCUACGUGGCUGGGCCACCUCAAUAUGGCCAAUUAUACACUCCGACUGAAUUGGGCUCCGCUUAUUCGUCCAUGACUCUUACAAAUCCCGACAACGGAUGGUAUAUGGACUCGGGUGCUACCUCACACAUGACUCACAAUUCAGGUACUCUCAUGCCCUUGUUUAAUUUAAGCACUAAUAAUAACAUUUUAGUAGGUAAUGGUCACCGCAUUCCAAUCACAGGUUAUGGUCACACUACCCUCCCCAAUAAUAAAUUAGCACUUCGUGAUGUUUUAUUAGCCCCUCAAAUCAUUAAAAAUUUAAUUUCAGUACGUAAAUUUACGUCUGACAAUUUAGUUUCUAUUGAAUUUGACCCUUAUGGUUUUUCUGUGAAGGACCUUCGAACGGGGAGGAUAAUAACAAGAUAUAAUAGUUCGGGAGACCUUUACCCAAUCACCACCAACACCUCACCAUCCUCAUGUAUUGCAUCAACUCUCAUGGUCACUUCUCCAACCACUUGGCAUAGCCGCUUGGGACACCCUGGUGCUAGUUCAUUAAGUUUUCUUAGGAGUAAUAAUUACAUUGAUUGUAAUAAGGAGCGUAACUCCAAUUUUUGUGUUUCUUGA